AUGUCUACUUCGGGUGAUUUCGGCAAUCCCCUGCGCAAAUUCAAACUCGUCUUCCUCGGCGAGCAAAGCGUGGGCAAAACGUCUCUUAUUACACGCUUCAUGUACGAUACAUUUGACAACACCUAUCAAGCAACUAUCGGCAUCGACUUUCUUUCCAAAACGAUGUACCUCGAAGACCGAACGGUCAGACUACAGCUUUGGGACACAGCGGGCCAAGAAAGAUUCCGCAGUUUGAUCCCAAGCUACAUUCGCGACUCCACCGUAGCCGUGGUCGUCUAUGACAUAACAAAUGCAAAUUCAUUCCACCAAACUUCCAAAUGGAUUGACGAUGUCCGAACCGAGCGUGGAAACGACGUCAUCAUCAUGUUGGUAGGCAAUAAAACCGACCUGCAAGAUAAGCGGCAAAUCCUUACGGAGGAUGGCGAAAAGAAGGCCAAAGAGCUGAAUGUUAUGUUCAUCGAGACAAGCGCCAAAUCCGGCUACAACGUCAAACAACUGUUUCGUCGAGUAGCUGCAGCAUUACCUGGCAUGGAGACCAAUGAGAAAGCCAAGGAAGACAUCGUAGAAGUUGACCUAAAGGACUCCUCCUCUGAGCCUUUGAACCAAGAAGGCCGAUGCAGUUGUUAA